CAUCCCUUUCAAUAUCUAGCGACUAUCACCUCCGCGCGUAGAGGCGCAACCACUCUGGUCAGGUCGAGCCUCAUCACACCAGCGUUCGCCCACGAUACACAUCAACUUGCUCUGCUUUGCAAAUUUGGGGCAGCGCUCGCCUGUCGAUCCAGGCGCGCCUCGACCCAUUGUCGAUCAAGAGGCCCCACAGGCCGUGUGCAGACGAAUCACCCAUCUUUUCCAUCGCUAUUUGCCUCGGCUCGGCUGUCUAGCUGCUCCUCAUUCGGGCCAGCAAAGGGUCGCACGUAGAGAUGGCCCGAGGGGUCAGCCAGCGAGCUGUGGGGGGUGGUGGAGGCUCGCGCAGAGUGAUAAAGUCUGGAAGCAGGGGUGGGAAUAGGGGCGCAAACAGUUCAGCCGGCAACAGGGACGCGACGGGGGGUAGAUCGCCCACGUCGAGCGUCAAGGGCCGAAGCAGGGCGAGCAGCACAGCUGCCAAGCGGAGCACAAGGCCAUCGAGUCCGGGCAAUUUGGACGCAGAAGCCGCCUCACCGCCCGACCCUGGUCUCCUCAGCCCGUCCGAAUCGGGCAAGAUGCUGUCGACCUCCUCCAGCUCAGACGAUACCUCGGAGCACGAUGACGACUUUGAGGACGCAGAAGGUGGCGAGACUCAGGAGAUUAGUCUGGGAGACGAGCUAGCAGGGGAAGACUUCCAGCAGGACCACGGCACGCCAGGCGAUGCUCCGAAGCCCCGCAAUUUCGGAAGCGUGGAAGAAACAGAUGGCGAAGCGGUGGAUCUGGGCACACCGGUCUUGCCCAAAAAGCAGAUCCACAAGGUACCUUCCAGCAGCCAAUUUGUCGCGGUCGACUUGCCACUGCCAGCGCUCCACCACGCAGACGGUUCGACCACGAAGGACCCCUCAUCCGAACUCAGCAUCAUACCGUCCGCACCAGCUGCCGAGUCUCGCUCUCAGUCCGUCUUGUCAGACAACUCUGAUGCGUCAGCGUCCGCGGCUGGCGGAGCGAACAGCACCACGGCUGGACAAAAGACGGCUCGUCGGUUCUGGGAACGUUUGCGUGCGGGAUCUUCGAGUGAGCCGAAUCAGGCUCCCAAACCUCCAUCGAGCAAUGAUGGAGCUUCAGAAGCGGGCUCAAGGUCAGCAACUCCUGAUCCGGGGCCCCGACCGACACUGCCGGCCCGAUCAGGCGCGUCUGCUCCAGGCGCGCCUCAAAGCUCAUCGGUUCAGCCCAUUCGCAAAUCGACGUUUGCCAUGCCCACGCUGUCCUCACUUGCAGCUGCCGCUCAAGCAGCAGCUGCAGCAGGUUCUGCCGCUGCCGCAGAUUGGGCAGCCUCGAGAAAUGCUGCAGCAGUGCAAGAACCUGCGGAACGCCAGAGAUUGCCGAGGUUUCAGGUGGACGAGGCCAAGUUGGCAGAGGAUGUGAUGCGUUUUGCGGAUGCGAGAGACACGUUGCACAAUGAGAGGAGUCCCGAGCGCUUGAGGGAACUGGGCAAUAGGUUGGAAGAGGGUUGGCGAGAGAAGCUCUCGGAGACAGCUGUGAUGAGGGAAAAGCUGGAGCAGGCGCAGCUAAGUAUCUAUGACGUCGAGGACGAGAACAAGAAUCUGCGUCUCUCUUUGAAGGGAUUAAGUGAGCAGAUUGCCAGUCUCGAAAGUGCUUUUCACACCUUUCAACUUAGCACCAUCGAACAGAUGCGCAAAGAGAAAGAGCUGUUCGAAGAGGAGAGACGCGAAGAGCUGGAAAUUUCCCGAUACGAGGUUGCGCAGGGCAAGCGUGAGCUUGCCGAAACCAAAGCAAUCAACGCUCAGCUCCGACUGGUGGUGCUCAGCGGCUUGCGAAAUGCGACCGGGCUGGGCUCGGAGCUCGCUCACUUGGAUCCAAAUGCAAAGACGGGGCUCGAGUCAAGGCUGAGAGCGAUCGAGAGAGGAGAGCACGGCAGUCUGGCUGCCGCUCUUGGCUCGCCACCGCCUUCUGCAACGCUAAAUACGCCCAUGCGCGCUCUUCUGUCUCACGACGGGGCAUCGCAAGCGCAGACGGAAGGCAGCCAUGGCGAGUCGUCUGCCGCGGAUGAGAGCGAAAAGAGCGGCGCGGCGACCUCGACGGAUCGAACGAGUUUCGAAGAGGGCGAUACGCUGGAAGCUUCUGUCGGUGCGAAUGGACAAGAUGGGGAAAUCGACGAGACGUCGUUGUUGUUUGACCUGCCCAUCAGUCCUACAACGUCGAGACCCGUCACGAUGCUCUUCAACGAGCCUGUUCAUAUUGCCAAGCUCAAUCAUCUUCUGGGACUCACCCCUGCGCAGUCUGGCGUUCAGGAGCCCAUCGCCGAAGCGGACGAAGGUCAGACCAUCGCCAUUCCAGAGUCUGCUAGCGCAGGCGGUGCUUCGAGCGCGCCAGCAGCGGGCAGAUCUCUCCUGUCGCCAGGCAGCUCACCAGGCACCGCUCGUUCGGCUACGAUCUUUGCAGGUCAUUCGGUACCAGCAAGCGCAGCCGUUCCGCACACCCCGCACGCCCCGCCAGCUCUGGCGGCACAGCUGACGGGCGCCAAAAUGUUGGCGGAUGAAGAGCACCAGAGAGCGGUCAAGGAGGAGAAUGAGACGUUGAGAAUUCAGCUCAAGAAUAGCUUGACUGCGCUCAGGGCCUUUGAGCAGGAAGCGGACGAGCUUAGACAUCGACUCAAACAGACGGAAGCUGCCGUCGAAGGUCUCUUCAACUCUCAUUAGCGACCGCUUGCUUGCCUGCCUGGCUUGAAGAAGGAAGUUUGAAAGCGUGGACAGUCGGAAGAUGUGCUCGACUCGAAGUAUGAUGGACCUAUCCCACGUCUGUAUCAACAAACACAAAAAUUGCAUCAUCCUCAGCCGAUUGCGAAUCAAAGAA